UUUGCUUAUUAUUUGUCCUUUUUAAAAACAAAAGGCACAAUAAAGAUUCAUGAUUAAUUGAUAUAAGUAUUAUUACAUGCAUACUAUUCUGACACAAAUCAAGAGUCUUUAUGAUAUUUAUUCAAUGUCACUAUGCCAGUUUUACUAAUACUAAUCUGAUCAGAACUACUCAGCCGUUAAUUAUAUCAUGAAUGAGCUGUCAUAAUUAUUCCCCACGAGGAGCCUUAAUAGUAAGAUUUUACAAAUCGUAUUCAUUCGCACUACAAAAUAUAGUGCACUGAAGUCCCUUUUUUAAUUGGAUUUUGUUAAUCGCUAAGAUAACAGCGAAAGUUAACGUAUGCUAUGUUUUUGAAUAUUUGUAAACAUUUGGUAACGUUGCCAUUGUUUUCGCACGGUAAUUAAUGCACAAGCACCUGCUCUUUCGAUGAUUUAUUUUCCAUAUUUGGAACAUUGUGGCUAGUGUUUCCAUGGAUUAACCAAUCAGAGUGUAGUGAUUUAAAAUUUUCUCAUAAAGGACAACCAAUCGUAGCUGAGUAAUUUGAAUCUAUUACUGUUCUUUGUCCAGUGGGUUGAACGUGGAUCCGACAUUUUUUUUCACCUGUGUCUUUACUUCCUGGAUUUUUGCAUGUUUUUGGGAAAUACUGGAAUACACAACUAAAGACCAAAAGUGACAGUCAUCAAGUCAGAAACUCUGCUGAAUAUAAAUUAGCCAGAAUGAUGGCAAGUAUGCCUUACCCUAAUGUGAAUGACAUGGAUUUUCUGGAUUCGGUUUCUUUGGACAAUGAUCUACAGAAGGAGAUGGAAAAAAUUCUCCAAGGAUCAGACAAAUUUACUUUUGAUAAUUAUCUUUCAUCUGGAACUGAAAGUAGCAAUCAUGGUUUUAAUUUUGACACUAGUGCUACAAUAGAUGAAUGGAUUCAAAACUUUCAGUGCGAAGAUGUCACAAAAUUCAAUCAAAACUUAUUGGACAAUUCAUUUGAAAUAGAAAACAAUAACCCAAAUUUGUUAGUUAAUCCACAGAAUGUGCUACAACAGACAUUUGUACGACCUUUCAGAAGGGUCACACAACCAGAACCAGUAACAGUUAAAGUAGAAGCAACAGAAGACGAUGUGGUUGUACACCAAGUGCCAAACACCCAUUUUCAACAUCCGUCUACUCAAACAGACAAUGUACGAAGUUUUGUAAAGAUUCAACCCGCUGGAUCACAACGUAACUUCACCCUAUCGCAUUCAAAUGUAAAUAUAAACAAUAACACGAUUACCCAUGUGCAGAAUUUCAAACAGCAAGAAGGUUCACCAUCUCAAAGAUCUCCCGUCCUGGUCAAGCAUUUACAUAAUGGAAUUAGUACGACACAACCAAAUAAUUUCUCAUAUUCAUCAUCCAGCGGUCAAAAUAUUCCAAAUGUGCCAAAUUCUAGUGACUCUGUUGAUAAAGUCUUCCCUAAACCUGUUUAUUCGUAUAGCUGUUUAAUCUCAAUGGCGCUGAAGAAUAGUAAGAAUGGAAGUUUGCCUGUCAGUGAAAUCUACAACUUUAUGAUAACCCAUUUCCCCUACUUUAAAACAGCCCCAGAUGGUUGGAAGAAUUCUGUACGUCACAAUCUAUCCCUUAAUAAGUGCUUUGCUAAAGUUGAUACCCCCAAGUUAAAUGGGAAUGCCAAGAAAGGUUGUUUGUGGGCUCUUAACCCUGAAAAGAUUGAAAAGAUGGAAGAUGAAAUAGCUAAACAUAGAAAGAAAGAUUUGGAAGCCAUUAAACUGAGUAUGUCAAUGCCAGAAAAAUUAGAAUUAAUAGAAGCUGGUAAAGCUGGGCCUGUUGGUGGUGAUCCACCUAGUCCACGAUGUUCCACGCCUCACACACCUAAAGAGACAGCUGAAUACCUGAUAAAUGACAUACCCACAAUAGACGGCAGCAUGCAAAUGGACCACUCUCUUACAGAUAUUAGUCUACAGAAUGGACUUUGGGAUGAUUCGGGAGAAAUCAAUGUUGUAGAUUUACCAAUGACCACACCAACACUUUCUACAAGUCAUGUGACUCUGUCAGCGUCCACCGCUACCAUUCCUGUAAAGAUAUCAUUAGCCAAUGGAGCAGUAUAUCAGGGAAAUUUUGCCUGUACAGCAUCACCAAUGACUUCUGGGAAUUCCUCUCAAAUACCGUCCUAUGUGUUAUCAGCACAAAUCUAGUCACCAUAAAGUGUUCAUACAACCAUUCCAUGUUAACCAAGGGAGCAGUCAUUUACAACGAACUCAUUGUUGAUUUUAAAUUGUUAUUUCAUAGAUGACUGUGUAUUUCAAAGGUUAUAGUAAAAUAACACUUUUGAGAUGUUUAAAAUUGUUAAAGACAAAUGAAUUCUAUAGUCUGUAAAAUAUUAAUGUAUUGAAUAAAUCAGUUAUGUGUGCUUUGCAUAAUUUUCAGUAAAGAUAAAAGAUUAGCAAAUAUUUAUAAUGGCUUAUUUUAAUUUAUUUUCUGUGGUUGCUUUAUUACUAAAAACUGUAUCAAUAUUUUUUUCACCAGUAAGAAUAGGUCAAAUUUGCAUAUUAUAGUAAUAUAAAUGGUGAAGUGAAAUUGUGCCAAUUUCUGAUUUUUGUAAAAUUGAGAAAUCUAAAUUAAUGCCAACCAGGUUAUUUUCAAUAGGUAUUCUUAAAUUUUGAAUAAGAAAUCAAAUGGAUACAAUAUUAGUCUAGUGACAUUUUUCACAGUUAUAAAAACGGCAUAUUAAUAAAACAGAGAAUACAUUUAUUCACAAUCUGUUACUGUUAUUAAAGAAAGAUUUUCCGUUUAAAUAUUAUUACAUCAUAAACUUAGCACAACAUAUCCAUUAAGGAUGUAUUAGGUUUGAUCUCAAUAUGACCUUCUAGUGAAGUUUUGUUUUAUUAAGCCUGUAUAUAUUGCUUGGAUGCAGAAACACUGUCAAUGUGCACGUAGGGGUAAGAAUCCCUAUCCUUGAGAAUCAAACCUCGUUAAUUUAGAAAUGGGAAAACAAUCUUUGUUCAUAAAUAAAAUUUUGAACUAAUAACUUUUUGCCUUUUUAACCCACAUUAGCCUGCUGUUAAUAUUGCUACAUGUAUUUGAAAAAGCUCAUAAAGCUUCCACAGUUAGCUCCCUUGAGUGAAUGUUGUAUAUUUUAUAUUUUUUAUAUUUAUUGAUUUGUCAGAAUAGCUCUCACCAGGCAGCUUAUACAUAUAGUGUUAUUACUAGAUAUAUGACUGGGUUCACCUCUGCAACCUCUUUUAUAAGUAGAUUUAAAACUGGGGAUUAUUUGGGGUUCAAUACCUUAACAUUUGUUAUAAAUAGCUGUAGAAAUAAGACUGGGGUCUGUUUUAGGGAACCUUUGUCUGUGUAAAAAAUGCUUUCCUUUCAUCCAAGAAUAUGUAUUUUAUAUGUUAUUUAAUAAAAGUGCAUAGCCAAGGCUCCGUGUUGAAGACCGUACUUUUGACCUAUAAUGGUUUACUUUUAUAAAUUUUGACUUGGAUGGAGAGUUGUCUCAUUGGCACUCAUACCACAUCUUCUUAUAUAUCUAUAGACCCAUGAGAACGUUAUCUUGUAUGCAGAAACUGUUAAAAAAAACAAAAUCAAGUAUCCAAUAAAAAAUUUUUAAAAUCCUCAAGCUGUUGAGAUUGUUACCAAUGAAAUAAAUGAAUUCAUAGCAAGUUGAAAUGGAAUUUUGCCUUUAGGAUCUAUAGUUGAAAUAAAUAUUUUCUUCUGCUAAACUAAUUGCACUACUAGAGGGCGUUUUAUAAGUUCCUAAACAGAGGCCACCAAAUUUGUAAGUCGAUACAUAUUCUACUUCUGAAGACAUGUAAAAGGGGAACCAUUAUAUAAUGCAUUUAUCAUUGAACCCUACCAUCAAAUUCAUAACAAUGGAUCUCAUUUUAGUAUACACAAUAUUUAUAGGGCAAAAUAUCUUAUAAAUUGUUAAUGUUGUUAAUGGUGUAUAUAUUUUGUCGAUUAUGGAGUGUAAAUGUUUGUAAAAUAUUUUUUUACAUUUCUAAGUCAGGUGAUAGAAGUGUUCAGUACCGGGAGUGUUCAGUCAAAUUUUUGUAUACAUGUAUAAUUUUGUAUAUACUUUGAUAGAAAUAAUUUUCUUAUACAUAUAAAUCUUUUUGAAAUUAGAAGAUUUUAGAGUUUUUUUAUGUGAUUUAUAUUAUUGAACAUGCAGGGAUUCAUGUUGUGGAGAUACUAGAUUUAAAACAAUUCUUUCAUUUGAACAUUGUCAUGAUUGUGUAAAAUGUCGAUUCAGAUUGAGGGGUAUUAAAUAUUUGUUUUCACUGAAUAACUGCAGGAUUGAGAGAUGAAAAUCAUUAAUAAACAGUCAGAAAUACCAGCUAAAUUUGGUUUGGCUUAUAUAUGUUGUAUUUGGAAUUUUUUUUUUAUUGAAUUUCAUAUUUAACAAACUGGUCAAAGUAUUGUUACAGGGUGCAAAUUAUUAUAAAAAAAUAACAUGUUGUCCUGAAAUUUCUGUAGAUAUAUAUAUAUUGAAAAACUGCAUAGAGAAAUUUUUCUGAAUUUAUAUUUUAAAUAACAUCGGUGCAAAAAAAAUUUGAAUUGAUUUUAGAAAUUCCAGGAAAUAAAAACUUUUAAAAUGAUCAUUUACAAAUACAAUUAAGAAUACAUAUGUGUGAAUGUUGAGAAGAAUUGUAAGCUAUUUUCUAAAUAUUAUGUUAGAGAAUUGUAGGAAAUAAUGGUGCAACAUUGAAGUAAUUAAUUGCAAUUGUUAACAGCGAAUUCUGGGAAUUCAUUAUAUUUAUAAGUACAGUUAUGAUUAAUAUGAUUAUUGCCCUUGUGGAGCUCAAUUUAUAUUUUACAGAACUAGCUUCGGUAUGUAAGGGAUCUAGGAUGGUUGAAAUUUACUUUUACAAGUCCGUCUAGCUGCUCUGUGAAAUUAUCUCCCCUCCCAAAAAUUCUUUUGGUGAACAUUUUGCAUCUUGGCCUUUUUAAGCAUUAAUUAUUCUUACUGUUGUAAAAAUUGUUAUUUUUGAGCAAAAAUAAUGUAAAUAACCUGGAAAAAAGUGAUUAAUUAACUUAUCCUGAAAAAGUAGAUUUCUAAGUUAAAAAGAAGAUGUUAGAUGACUUUUGUCAAUGUUUUUUCACUAUAUUUCUGUCAAUUUUGCAAGUUUGAAGUGGACGGGAAGUAGAAAGUCUAAACACUGCAGUGUGAUCUAUUUUUAGAUAUUUGUUGUGUGAUGUAUAUCUGCUACAGAAUUAUUGUUUUUAUGAUGUAUAUCUGGUACAGAAUUUAUUGUGUUUUAAUUUUGUAAAUAUUUACGAUGAACAAAAACAAACUAAUAGUGCUUGUUCUUAUAUAUAUAUACACCCUGUCCAAACAUUUCUGUUGAAAUUCUCUAUUUUGACAGUACUACAUUCAUACUGGUUUAAAAUUUAAUUCAAAACAUUUAUCUGAACUGUUGAAAUUAAAAAUUUCAUCAGCUUUCAUUUGGUUUACAGUUUCAAAAACUGAAUUUAGUGAUAAAUAAUUUUCUACAAAAUAAGAAAUGUUUACUUUUUUCCAUACACAGUAUAGCGUUGUUUGUUUAUAAGUAAUGACAAACUUCAUUGCAAUUCGUUGUUUGAACUAUCUUAGUCAUGUUUGGAGAUUUUUCUCAUAUUGCAGCUGACUUAUUUGCCAUUAAAUUUAUGUGUUCAGUAUAAAUGUAUUUUAUGACUUUUUUACUGAAAACUGUUAGAAUAUGUGUGUGAACUUAUUAAAUAAUUUGGACUACA